AUGCCGCGCGCUGCCUCGUGCCACAUCUUCCGCGCUCAGCUCGUCAUGGAGCGCGUAGUAGGGAGCAGAACGAAGCUUAAACACUCUAACAGACAUGGUGAACUUACCCUGGAUAACACUUUACAAAGCGUACAGCUCGUGUACCCGCGUUUAGGCAAGUUCUUCCAGCGCAAAUUCGAGCAGCCACUCAAGUGUGUCAUAUACAAGAAACUAAUGCGAAUAUACUCGAGUAACGGCAAACGGAACUUCAUGUGUCGACUUUUGUCCGAGGAAGACGCAAUCAAGUGCACGGAGACGCUCCGGAGCUUUGGAGUGGAUGUAAUUGAAGUCGGGGAGGCAAUGCUGUCGACUACUCAUACACGUCGUGCGUUAGUCUUGCAGAGUGAGGCGGUCUUAGCUGGAGGUAAAGCUGCAUUACAAGCUAUUCAAGAAUCGUCGCCAGGAUCGGUGCAAGCUGAGGUUCGAAAUCAUGAGAGCUUGUAUCAGCUACAAGACGACACGGAAGCCAUUAUGCGGGCAAUGUUCAGCAUUGGUCCUUGA